AUGUUCAGGUCUGCGAGCAUUGCCAUCCUCAUCACCAUUGCCAGCUCGCGCCGCGCCGGGGAGAUCUCUCUGACGCAGAAUCCGCAGGAGUGUGGAGCAGUGCCAUCCACCAAGGAGUACUUCGAUGGCCUGCGCAGCAGUUACAACAUCGAGGAGUGCACCAAAAAGGACGUGUGCCUGCUGAUGCGGCAGCUGGACGCCCACUUCUACACCCGCGCACGGAAGGGGCAACUUGUCGCCUACGACGAGCCUCCGCAGAUGAGCUGGGUGCACAAUGGGCGCUGCGAGAAGAACAGUCGCUCCAUCAAGCUGGCCCCCGUCACAAAGCUUCACGCCUGUAAGGCUGCUGUCCGUGCCAAGGGCAUCAGCAAGGUCAAGAAGGUGGAAGACAGCACUCUUCCAAGCGGCUGUAGCAUCAGGAACGGCCGGGGCUACUUGAACGCGCUCCGCACGAACGUGGAAGCCGAUGUGUCCUACGAGUCGUCGAAUCCUGACAAGCCAUGGGCACGGACGACCAAGACUGAGACCAUCCAGUACUGCCAGGUGGACUACUCUUUGAACGAGGCGGCGGCGUCCUACUACUCGCCAUACAAGCUGAAGCAAAACAUGAGGGACAGGCCCCAGAUGUCGACGAGCUGUUCCUUCGGCAUGAUGGCGAACCUAUCCAGGCUGGAGCUUACCGACAGCCCCUGCGCCGAAAUUCUGUCCUUCCGCCCGCACUACACCGCUGCCUACCCUCAAGCUGCAGAUGCUCUGCAGGCAGCAGAGAGGAUGGAGGCAGCAGGCAAGCAAGAAGAUGCCGAUGCUAUCCGCACCGAGGUGGAGAAGGUUCGUAGCAAGUUCAUCUUGAUCCAGCUGAUCACUACUGACUGGUGCCCUGCAAUCUGGCGCGAGGCGAUGGAACAAGACGCCACAUGCUCUGCUCCGCGCUUUCCCAGCUGGGCGGCCAAUGACUUUGUCCAUGAAAUGGGGAUUGGAGAGGAAGACUUGGCCGAGCGGGCAGAGUACCUUGUGCGGGGCAUCGGUGGCGAGACGAAGCAGGCACUCAUGCAGUCCCGCACCCCGAAGAUGGGCCUGCCGGAGGGCUUUUGCAACCACGUCUCGGACGUGGAGCUGGACGACGUCCUGGACCAGGUCUCGAGCUCCGUCCCGCCUGACUUCUUCGCCCACGCCACAGUGUAG